CUUUGCGAGUUGGUCCGAAAUGCAAAAGCGAUGCUGACUCAAAAGCGCUAAACGCUUCUUGUUGUUUUAUUCCGUAACGGUUCCUGUGCCCGUGUUUAAUUCCUCGGGCUCGUGAGCAGUCAGUCGGUGUCUUUUAGAUUAUAAAUAAGCGAUAUUAAAGGUGGUGUUUUUUUGUCCUCCGAAAAUAAAUAAAAAUCCCUAGUAAGCCGCGUUUGGUUAAAAAAACAACAACAAAAAAAACAGAACAACAGCGUAACGCUUUCGCCAGCGUUCAAGAGCGACGUCUUUAUGACUCUGGAAUGCAAAAUCUUCGUGGAAAAUGAAUGCCAGUCGGAGGAAUGGAGGUUGGGUGACCAGUUUUACAGAGAAGCCAUCGAGCACUGCCGCAACUAUAAUGCUCGUCUGUGUGCCGAGCGCAGCGUACGCCUUCCCUUCCUCGACUCUCAAACCGGCGUCGCACAAAACAACUGCUACAUCUGGAUGGAGCGGCAUCAUCGUGGACCAGGUUUGGCAGCUGGUCAGAUGUAUUCAUAUCCUGCCCGCUGCUGGAGAAAGAAGAGGAGGUUACACACUUCCAUGGAUUCAAGUCUUCACCUCUAUGGUCUAAAUAUAGAUAAUGGCCUGACGGCUAAAGAUACCUUGCCUACCCCAAGCACUACGCUCGAGGCUUUGCUUAGAGGAGAUGGCUUGGACAAGAGGAACAGCACCAGAGAAGAGGACCUGCUGGAGAUUCAGAGAGUUUUGGAGGCUGACGCCAACGAAGAUGGUUACCAUGACGACGAAGACUUUGAAGUGGACAUACCAAAAAGGAAACACCGGGGAAAAGGCAGAGGUCGUGGCUCAGGACGCCGGAGGACGGACCAUGAUGACCAAGAUAAGCCAUAUAUCUGUGAAAACAGAUACAAACAAAAGCAUAACUCAAAAACUGCAGCUUCAGUCUGUGGGAAACGCUACAGGAAUCGUACUGGCUUAAGCUACCACUAUGGCCAUAGCCACAUUGCUGAUAAGGAAGGACCACAAGCCAGAGACCAAGAGCCAUCACAGUCUCCCGCCAUCAACCACCGUCCUCACAGUCGCAAACAUCCGAAGAGUCCAGAGGAAGUCUAUACACUGAACCGUUUCUGCAAAGUCUGUCAAGUCCAUUCAGAGUCCAAACUGAAAGACGGCAAGUGCUCCAAGUGUAGCCGCUUAGGUGCACAGGAUGAAGUAAAAGAGGAGAAGCCUUUCACUGGAGCAGAGGAGCUGUUCGGUGCCAGCUCUGAGAGCGACACUUCCACCUUUCACGGCUUUGAGGAGGAUGAGCUGGAAGAGUCCCUGUCCAACAUAGGCCAGGCCUCGCCAAAGGGCAGAUAGAGAACAGUCUAAAAUAUUUGCCGUUCCUUUCUAACACAGCGCAUACCCCUGCAAAAUUCUGCUGCUUCUUUUCAAGGUUUUGUUUGUUUGUUUUGUUUGUUUGUUUGUUUUGUUUGUUUGUUUUUUCCUCUCUCUUUUAUUGGAAGCACAAGUCAUUGUAUCAGAAGAUGAUGUAUGAAAUUUCUAUCUUCCUUUUAAUGAGUUGUGAAUAUCAUUUCUAUUAUUAUUAUUGUUAUUGUUGUUAUUAUUUAUACAUUAAGAGCAAAUAGGAACAGACUUUUUUUUCUUUUUUUCUUUUUUUUAAUUAAAAAAAACUUUUCUAUUGUUUUCCCUUGAGGGGAAAUGAUGGUAUAAUAUAAAGGCUGUAAUGGACAGAUUAAUUACAGAUAUAUUUCUGGAAUAAUUUUCCUGAAACUGAAAAGACACACACACACACACACACACACACACAACAAAAAAACUUAAGGAGACGUUGCCUCUGUUAUGGAGUACAAGUCACUGAAGAGAAGACGUGAAAUUCAAAAUAAACUGGUAGUGUUUCAUGUCACUGGAAAUGCCAAGGGAUGCAACCGAGAUCUCCUCAAUAAGUCAACUGGGUACUCAGUCUCGUGUACUGUAACUGCGCCAAAAACGGAGUCGGGACAACUUUUAAGAAGAGGAGUAGCAGAUGUACCGCCUCUCAUCUUGCUUUGGAGAUUAAGGAGCUGUUGUGAAGAGGAGAUUGAACUUAAUCAACUGCGUGAAUGUGGGAGUUCAUAGCUAGGGGAAAGCAGAAAGAGGAGCUGUUUAGUGAAGGAGGAAGGAGAGAUGAGCCACUUUUGGAAGUGAAGCAGAUUUCCAGAGACUUUGUUCACCUCUUCAGUCUUCAGAAUGUCUGAGCCAGUGAAGCUGAGGAAGCCAGAAAAACACCAGACUCGCACUCAUGGACAAGUAUUGAUUCCCCUGCAAACACCUUCCCUUCUUUCUUUAAAAAAAAAAAAAAAAAAAAAAAAAAAAAGCAAGCCUCUGAGACUGCUGCUGCUCCCCUCGUGUUGAUCUGCAGCCUGAUUCUGAGACUGUGAUCACAGCCAUAUGAAACUCUUCCUUCCCUCUCUGUACUGCAGGAGGCUCAGACGGUUCAGGAGAGAUUUCUGUUCUAGCUUUAGUGUCACUUGGUAAGGUUACGUCCUCAAAGCCUAUAGUUUUAAUAUAAAAAGUGCUCGGUUUUAUUCAGGUCCUUUUAAAGCCAUUGUAUGAUUUUUUUGUUGUAACAUAAACAUACAGUGUGAGGUCUGGAGACCGGAUGUCACGUUCACACGUAACGAAAAGUGAGUUGUUCCUGUUCUAAACGAAAGCACAAAGCAAUCCUGCUAGCUUUACUACAUGGCUCUAAAUUCGACUCUGAUUGGCUUGGGUGAGCAGCUGGGUUCUGUUUUCACGACUAUUAUGCUCGCUGUAUACAUCAAUACCACACAAUUUUUUAUUAUUUUUUUUCUGCAAUUGUGUGAACGUGCCAUAAAAGCAGAGAGACCACGCUUGUGUCGCUUUCUUUCCACAACUCUGGUGCACACCAUUUCUAUUCUGGACAUAGCAACAUAGUGAAACGCAUUGUGCUGUGCUAAACCCAGUCUCUCAGGGGAAGACGAUCCUGACAGCCAUAUUUAAAAACACACCACUAUCCAAUUCUCCAAAUGUGGACCUUUUUUUAAAACUGCUGUUUUUCGAUACCUACUACAGAGAAAUGUAUUAUUUCACUUUUCUUGAUGGAAAUAUUCUCUACAGGUUCUCCAUUAUCCCACCUCGCUUAAAUGUAGGACUGCUCCUUCCAUGCAGGUGCUGUAUACUGUGUAGUCAUGCUUCAUUACACCUUUUGGAAAAGGAUGUGAAGCUAAACAAGCUAAAGUUAAGCUAUUCACACUGGUGGGGUGGAACACUGAGGAGCAAGCUGGAGACUUUCACCCAGUAAAACCUUCCACUUCAUAGAACAACCACUGAUCAAAAGCAGGUACAAAUAGCUAGUUUGUAGAUCUGCGAGCUGUGAUACUGUGCUUUUUAAAUAUGGGCUAAAAUCAUGUUUUGAUGAUUUUUCCCUGGCAUUCGCACCAUCAUAGUGGCUCCAUCGCGUUAUAAGGAACAAAGUAGGAAAUAAAACACAAUAUCAUGUGCUAGGAUUUUUAUUUUUUUUUUAAAGAACAGCACAUACCAUAGUGUGUUAUUCCUCUUCAACCACAACAAUUUGCCAAGGAUUACAAUUUCAUUUAUGUUCAUUUGUGCUGCUUAUCCAGAUGUUGUUGUGCAUGUUACGGACCAUCCGUGAAACAAAUCAGCUCCUGUUAUCUCUCUCCUUUUCUUUUUGAACCUAAUAAGACAAACAGGAAAGAGCAAACCUGACUGGCAUAAAGACUUUCCUGUUCCUAAUGAAGACAUCACUGUAUCAUUAUUGAAACUGAUGUUUUUUUUGUUUUUUUAAUCCAUUUAUGUGAAGUGUCCACUAUUCAUGUUUCUGUGUAUAGCUGGAAACUACCAACAUAACUACUGUUUUUAAAAAAACAAAUUGUGAUACAAGAUUUUUUUUUCCGCUGGCAUUUAAUGACCAUGCAUUAAUCACAAUUGAUAAGAUUGAGGGAGGGAAAAAAUUCCAUGUUAUGUCUUUCUUUUUCCCUUUUUCGUUUGGUGGGGGGGGGGGGGGGUCAUCAAACCACUCACCCCUGUUAAAUGUUAAUAUAAAAAUUAUUGGUUAGUGCACUCAAGAAACUCUGCGAAAACCUGUGUGGAUUUCAAAAGUUUGGAAAGCGAGUAUGAUCUCAUACGAGGGAUUAUUCAUUGUUUCACAGUUCUCGUCAUUGCACACAGACAGCUCGUGUUUUAACCCGCGACUCGCUGGGCUCGUCUUUGCAACUCUACGGGUCAACCAGCGACGCAGGCGUGAACCAGAGGAAACGAACCUUUUCAUAUUCUCUACAUUUUCCCCUCCACUGAAGUCUAAAGGUGCUGAGCUCAAAGCGUCCUCAUGUCCAGCAUGGUGAAGAAGUUGGCACUCCAGGGUACAAAAAGCUGCAUCGUUAUGGCACCUUGUUUUACACUCGAUGUGAAGAACACUCCUCCUCUGUGUAGGCCUGAAGACUGUGAGUUGUUUAUUCCUCACAUAUCUGAACCCUGCUCCCACACCGAGGUUCUGUAUGAUUUAAACAGAGUCCAGUUCUAUAUGCAGUCGGUGAAUUUAGGCAUAAUGCUGUGAUGUACAUUUCAAAGUUUUUUUGAGUUUUUUUUUUUUUCUUUCUUUUUCUGAGAACCUUUUUAUUUAUAUUUUAUGCAAGAAUAUUGUUUGCUUCGUCUGCUGCACAUUUAGUUUAGACUUUUCUAGGCCUGCAAUGUUAAUUGUGAGUUUCCACAUUCAGAUAUAUGAAGUGAUGCACAGCGAAUGACACUUACACCAUGCUGUGGACUGGUGCACGCACGUGCACAUAUAACACACACACACACAAACAACCAAAUCCCCUCAGGGACCAUUAACCGCACACUCAACAAGAGCAUGAGACUCUGGAAUAAGAACCAUUUUGUCCGUCAGACAUUCUUCACUCAUAUCUACAGAUUAAGGAUGGUGUGUGCUUGCUGAUCUUCCAGACAGUGGCUCUUGUGCACUUUUUGAACAACCAUCACUCCUGCCGAGGGGUGAACGAUUGAUUCUAAUGAGCAAAACAGUGAACUUAAGCAAGUGAUCUGAACUGUCUGAUGUUUUUUUUGGCUAAUAAGUUUGUAGUCAUUUCUGUACCUCAGAAAAGUCAAUGAGCAAUAGGCCCAUGGUUUUUUUUCCCCCCGCAUUCCUGAGGUUGGAACAAGAGCCAAUUUAAGGUGAAGAAGUUGAAGUGAUUCUUUUUGUCUGCAUCUGUACAUUAAUAUAAUCCAAAUGAAGUCUUUGUUAGUUGUUAUUUUUAUUGUGACAGAAGGAAUUAAAGGAUGAAUUAGAAGUG